AUGGAGAGCACAGGCGAGGUGGACUACUUCUCUCAACGUCGCGGUUCAGUAAGCCGCUACGACGAUCCGCCACCAGAGGAUACAGUCAGGCAGGCGGCCGCUUCGUCUUCUUCCUCGACUGAGACAACGGCGACGACGAACAACACGGUCAUCACCGGUGCAUCCACCAGCGCCAGCACCGUCGAUGCUGCAGCUGGCCAGCCGCGCUCCGCAGAUGCAACAAUGAUGGUGGCGUCGCAGCCGCCCAUGACCGACUUCGACUCUUCCUUUCUGGCCAUCGCUGCAGCUGCGAGGGCGCAGGCCGAAGCAUCGGCCUCUACAAAUAGCGCCUACUCCUCCGGUGAUGUGCAUCCGCCUUCUGUACCUUACUCUGGCGCAUCAGCGCCUUUUCCCCUCCGGUCCAGACACCAGCGCACAGCCGUGCUCCAUGCACCUUCGGAGGACCCCAAGGCAGCCCGAAAUGAUAUAGAAGCCGCAGACGAAGCCGAUGCAGAGGAGCUGUCCAAGACGAGGUGCUACUGGGCAGUCCUUUCGACUGCGCCAACUUCUUCGCCAAUGUCCUCACCAGACUCCUCGCCGACGUUUCUCUACCUCGACCCCGUCUUUGCAAAGCACAUGGGCGCGCAAGCCGAGGCGAUGCUUGGCACCAGUUUCUUUGACUACAUCCACCCCGAGGAGAAGGCAAGGGCCGAGGUCGACAUGCGCAACAUCAUCGACUCCAGAACGCUGUUCGGCAGCGUGUCAAGGUGUCGGUACUCGAGAGUGCCGCGAAUUAGGAGAAUGCUUGGUGCAAAGGAGCCCCCGACGCCAAAAGAAGUCAAGGCAUUGCAGGGUCAACAGGCUGACUUUAUUCCCAUCGACAUUGUCGUCAACUGGAUCGGCGCCGACCUCGCUCUGUGCUUCUUCCACGCCAUCAUUGACAAGUCGCCCCAAGACAACGACGAAGAGAGGAAGACGGAGUGGUCGAACUGGUGCGGGAUGCCCCAAGGGUCCUUCACGGCAAAGGAUUCGCAAGACCUCUGGUCCAACGUCCGCAGCGUGCGCAAGCUGGAACCGAGUGUGACGGGGCCCGCCUACGUAUUUCAGAUUCUCUCAGCAGACUCACUGCCCGACGUCCUCUUUUCCUGGCCCCCACCGCGGCUCUACCCUCAGGGCGCACGCGAGAGGCAGGACAGGCAUGACACCCAGGUCAGCUAUGCAGACGGGUCCUACUUCCCAGACGACUUUGCCAAGCUUGCCCAGGGUGUCGACUCGCUCAAGAGGGAGCUGAGCGACGCCAACACGAGCUGCACGCGUCGCUUCCGGGCAAAGCAUACUCUCACGACAGACGCUAUGCUGAGAGGAGUCGAAAGCGUCUUGAUCCCGUAUGGCUCCAUCGUCUUGGCCUGCUUCGGCACCACGUAUGCCCAGCUCGUCGGCGGUCUUGAUUCUAUGGGCGCCGUUGCACCUCGACAGCCUCAAGCUGCACCGUUGCAGACUGCAAGCCAAGGUCGCCCAUCGGAUGCCUCUUCGCAAGCUGCCUUUUCCGCGUAUCCGCGCAAGAAGAGCAAGACCUCCUUCUCACCCGAGGCCGCCACGAGAGCGGGAGUCGCUUCCUCUGAUGAUGGCUCGGGCACCAGUGUUGCUACACUCGCCGCCGUCGCCGCUGCCGCUGCUGCACAGACGAAACGGUGCGAGAGCUGCGGGACGAGCAACAGUCCGGAAUGGAGAAAGGGUCCCGACGGAUCAAAGUCGAUGUGCAACGCCUGUGGCUUGCGGUAUUCGAGGUCGAUUGCCAGGGCUCGUAAGCGCGAGGAGCGCGCAAGGAUAGCGGCUGAAGUCGCGGCGAAUGGAGGGGUCAUCCCGCCGCACCUUCGCAAGCAGCCAGGUCAGCAGCAGAAGCAGAAACAACAGAAACAGCCAAGACAAAAGGAGAAGCACAAGCACCUCGUUGAGGCAGAUGAGAAAGAGGCGGCGAUUGAUUCGGCACCUCACAAGUCUCGACAGCAUGGCAAUGAAGACUUUCUCAGCAGCACCGCCGGUGCUUCGUUCGACCCAAACGUCUCGCAAGGUCCAGGCGGGCCUCUGGACAUGGCUCGCGCUGCUGCCCAGGUUGCUGCUGCUGCGGCUGGCCUUCAGUGA